UUUGAGGUGAGGGAUAAUACUUCUUUUUCGACAAUUUCCUUAUUUCAGCCAGAUAAAUUCAAUACCCAGCAUUGAAAGUUAGUUUUCGCGUGUUUAUUUUUCGUGCUUAACAACAUAAUAUUAUCUAAGUAUGAAUAAUGUAUGUGACCUACGUAAAAUAAAAUUAUAAUUCAAUAAAUGUUUAAAAUGUUAGUAUUGAGAUAAGUAUUUUUAGAUGUGAUUUGUGGUGCAGUGAUAAAAAAACGUGAGACAAAAAAAUUAUGUGCUACAUUUUUGAUUAGCUGCAUUUAUACUGAAAUAAACUUUUCGUCUGAUAUGAAAAGUUUAUUUCAGUAUAUAAUGAAUGAAUCCGUUUAACGAAUCAAUACAUACCUCGACCUUGGGAUCUUCUAAUAUAACUAUCUACCAUACUAAAUACCUUAUCGUCGAUAUUCUUUCAAUUCGACCGUCUUAAUAUCAUUAUAACACAUUUUUUUACAUUUUUUUUCCUACAAUUUUUUUUUGCUAACCCCACUUUUAAUAUAAUGAUUGAAUUUUUUUGGCAAGAGAUCAAAUUGUAUUACUACCUGUUGUCCAGGCUGCAAAAUUAGUCAACGCCGAUGAACAUUCCGGCUCAGAUAAUUAGUUAUCUCAGUAUAAAUACGACUGUUUCCAUAUAAAUAUAUAAUGAAAUAUUAUAUAUGAGUAUAAUAAUCACAGCUGUAUUGUUGCUAAUUUUGUAUUUUUAAUGGACCCAUAUAUAAUGAAUAUAUGAAAAAGUUAAAACAGUAUGUCAGAUAACUUUUUUUUAGUUGUUUUUUUUUUAAUUUUUAGUGUAACACAAGCUUAUGUUUUACAUUAACGAUAACAUACUUGUUUACAGCGUCACUGUUUUUACCUAUAAAAGGAAAAUAAUUUUUAGAUAGUCACUCUACUAUUUUUAUUUAGAUGAAGUUUAUCGUAUUGCUUUUUCUUUUGGUUUGCAACUGUGUGGCUGUUGAAUGCAACUGCUUCGAAGUAAUUUGUGAAGGAGACACAAAAACAAUAGAUUGCUUACAAGGUGGUAAGAUAAAGAUAAUUGAUGCAUUAUAUGGAAGAAAAGAGGGAAAUCUUUGCGUUGAAAAUUAUAGCACAGACAGCUGUAAGGCAGCAAAUUCACUUGCAACUGUUGUAAGUGAAUGCGAUGGCAAGCAGAGUUGUGAUGUAACAGCACGGUCUGAUGUGUUUGGAGGUGAUCCAUGCGGUGGCGUACAUAAAUACGCUAAAGUGGAAUAUAAAUGCAUCUAUGAUUAUAACGACGAUGCAACAAAAACUGUUCACGUAUCAAUAGUGAGUGACACAGAGAUUAUUGUGGCAUGGAAUGACAAAAUAUUUGGUGGUCACGAUUUUUCAACAUACUCCAAUGUUCAAAUUGAAUAUGAUAACUAUUAUGAACCGACAUAUUCAAAUUUUCUUACCAUUCCUUAUGCUAAACAUGGCACUCGUAUAAAAGAAUUGGAUUCCACCGCAAUGUAUGUGGUUUAUAUGACAUAUUACACAGAUUCUUGCAAAAGAAUUCGAUGUUAUCCAAUAUACGUACAGACUAAAACAAACGGUAAAUGUUAAAUGCUACCUUGUUUACAUUUAAUGACCUUAGUGUCGAAAAUGCAGGUUGGCGUUACCAUAACAGUAGAGUAACAUCUAUCGAUUUUUUUUUUAACUUUGCUUACAGGUCAUUUAGUGUUUACAUAAAAGGAGUAUAUUCCUUUUUUAAUUUUUUAUUGACAGUCCUGUGCGAGUUUCUAAAGCUUAAAAUCUGAACUGAGAAAAAUGUUGGAAUAUCAUCCACAACCAGUCCGUAAUGUGUGCAUUACCUUUCAGAAACUUUAGUAAUUUUUCGCAAUAUAAAGUUACUACAAACACCAAUAAAUCACAAAACAAUUUCGUUGCAGGUCAAAUUUCGAAAGGUGUUUAUGACGUGUUGCUUGAGCUCAGUCCUUCCAACGUAAGUACAUUUCUAAACAGAAUUUAAUAAAAAAA